UAGCAAGCUCAAAAGAUUUUCCCUGCGGAAUUUCCUUGCCCUGUUCAACUCCCGCUUUGUCUGCAUAUUAUGUGCCGGCAACCUCGAUUAAGUCACCCGUAUUAGAAUGCGCCUGGAUUCAUUUACACAGAACUGAAUGAAGCGAUGCAGAUUCGUAAGCUCAUUGACAAGCCUCACCAGUUUUGCCUACUGAUUGCGUUGUCUGUUGUGCUUGCGUCUUUGGUUUCUUUCUCAGAUGCUGAAACGCAUUACCAUGAAUUUGUUAUCCAAGAGCAACCAGUGAAAAGGCUAUGCAGAACCCACAAGAUUAUCACUGUCAAUGGGCAGUUCCCAGGGCCGAUAUUAGAAGUGAGAGAUGGAGAUUCUCUUAUCAUCAAAACCACGAAUAUUGCUCAAUACAAUGUCACCCUUCACUGGCAUGGAGUUCGACAAAUAGCCAAUCCAUGGGCAGACGGACCCGAAUAUAUUACCCAGUGUCCAAUACAACCGGGAGGGACCUACACGUACCGCUUCACCAUCCAGAACCAAGUGGGGACAUUGUGGUGGCAUGCACAUAGCCAGUGGCUUCGGGCUACUGUUUACGGAGCUCUUAUCAUUUAUCCUAAAUUCGGGUUGCCCUACCCUUUUGCAACACCAAAUCAAGAAAUUCCUGUUCUUCUUGGCGAAUGGUGGGAUAGGGACCCUAUGGCUGUCCUUCAGCAGGCCCAAUUCACAGGAGCUGCUCCAAAUGUCUCCGAUGCAUACACUAUCAAUGGCCAACCAGGAGAUUUCUACAGAUGUUCUAGCCAAGAAACCACGGUGUUUUCAGUGGAAUCGGGCGAGACGGUCUUAUUAAGAAUCAUUAAUGCUGCACUCAAUCAAGAGCUCUUCUUUGCAGUGGCCAACCAUAAGCUAACUGUCGUAGGGGUUGAUGCUGCCUACACCAAGCCCUUUCCAACGAGUGUUAUCAUGAUCGGACCUGGUCAGACCACUGAUGUUCUCCUCACUGCCGAUCAGUCUCCAUCUCGUUACUACAUGGCGGCAAGUGCAUAUGACACUGCCCAAAAUGCAGCUUUCGACAACACCACCACCACCGCCGUACUUGAAUACGGUUCUGAGACUUGUAGUGCAAGAAGGCAGUCCUCUCAGGUGCUCCUCCCGCAACUUCCAGCCUUCAAUGACACAGCCACCGCGACCGCAUUCACGGCUGGAUUAAGGAGUCCUUCCAAAGUCAGAGUCCCUAAUAACAUAGAUGAGAACUUAUUCUUUGCGGUGGGUCUCGGACUCAUUAAUUGCUUGCUCCCGAGCCCGAAUUGUCAAGGCCCGAACAAUACACGCUUUGCUGCCAGCAUGAACAACGUCUCCUUUGUCUUCCCAACCACCCUCUCCGUGAUGCAAGCCUAUUAUCAAGGUGUUCAAGGCAUCUUCACUGCAGAUUUCCCACCUGUUCCCCCAGUUCGAUUCGACUACACUGGCAAUGUGAACAGAGCAUUGUGGCAACCCGUAAAUGGGACGAAAGUGUAUAAGCUAAAAUACGGUUCCACGGUACAGAUUGUUCUGCAGGACACGAGCAUUGUGACCACGGAGGACCACCCUAUGCACCUCCAUGGAUACCAAUUUUCUGUGGUUGGGAUGGGCUUUGGCAACUUCAAUGCGGCAAGGGACACGCCGAAAUUUAACCUCGUCGAUCCCCCCGUGAGGAAUACCAUUGGGACGCCCCCAGGGGGGUGGGUAGCAAUCAGAUUCGUGGCCGACAAUCCAGGAGUGUGGUUGAUGCACUGUCACAUUGAUGCCCACCUUGUAUGGGGUCUUGCUAUGUGUUUCCUGGUCGAGAACGGACAAGGCGCUCAGCAGACCGUGAUACCUCCACCGCAGGAUCUACCUCAAUGUUGAGCACCAAUCGUCGAAUUUGAUAUCGAAGUCACCAUUCUUCUGAAGUCUAGAAAUGUAACACAUUUUUUUCCCGCAUAGAAAGACUGUUGCUAAGAUCUCAAGCAGAUGCUUUACUUGCUUGUUUCCUAUUUAAUUCCAUUAUGCAGUUGAAGAGCUCUUCUGAAGAAAAACAAAGCAAGUGAAUUGAUUGACUCGAAACGAAAUCAGCAACCUGAAACCAAAAAGCAGUUUGACCAGAAACUUUUUGAAGGGACUGUGUGACAUGUGUAGAAGCUAUAACU